AGCCGCUAGUCGGAAGCUCCAGCUGUGAGCCGGGGGAGCGUCCGAAGAGGCUACUCGGCCCCGCCGUCCGCCAGGCCGUUGGCUCCGGGCCCGGGGGUCCGGCUGUGGUCUUCACCAUGAGUGUCCCUGACUACAUGCAGUGUGCUGAGGACCACCAGACUCUCCUCGUGGUGGUCCAGCCCGUGGGGAUCGUCUCGGAGGAGAACUUCUUCAAGAUCUACAAGAGGAUCUCGUCCGUGAGCCAGAUCAGCGUGCGCGACUCGCAGCGCGUGCUCUAUAUCCGCUAUCGGCACCACUACCCGCCCGAGAACAACGAGUGGGGCGACUUCCAGACCCACCGCAAGGUCGUGGGCCUCAUCACCAUCACAGACUGCUUCUCUGCCAAGGACUGGCCGCAGACUUUCGAGAAGUUCCACGUGCAGAAGGAGAUCUACGGCUCCACGCUCUACGACUCGCGGCUCUUCGUCUUCGGGCUGCAGGGGGAGAUAGCCGAGCAGCCGCGCACCGACGUGGCCUUCUACCCCGGCUACGAGGACUGCGGGACGGUGGAGAAGAGGAUCGAGGACUUCAUCGAGUCGCUGUUCAUUGUGCUUGAGUCCAAGCGUCUGGACAGGGCCACGGACAAGUCCGGGGACAAGAUCCCGCUCCUCUGCGUCCCAUUCGAGAAGAAGGACUUCGUGGGACUGGACACGGAUAGUAGACAUUACAAGAAGCGGUGCCAAGGGCGCAUGCGGAAGCAUGUGGGGGAUUUGUGCCUGCAGGCCGGGAUGCUGCAGGACUCCCUGGUCCAUUACCAUAUGUCCGUGGAGCUGCUUCGCUCAGUGAAUGACUUUCUGUGGCUUGGAGCUGCCCUUGAAGGGUUAUGUUCAGCUUCUGUCAUCUAUCACUAUCCUGGUGGAACUGGUGGUAAAACUGGAGCUCGAAGGUUCCAGGGUAGCUCACUUCCUGCUGAAGCAGCCAACAGACAUCGACCAGGGGCACAAGAAGUUCUCAUUGAUCCAGGUGCCCUCACCACUAAUGGCAUCAAUCCAGAUACCAGCACUGAGAUUGGACGGGCUAAGAACUGCCUUAGCCCUGAAGACAUAAUUGACAAAUACAAGGAGGCCAUUUCCUAUUACAGCAAGUAUAAGAACGCCGGGGUGAUUGAGUUAGAAGCGUGUGUCAAGGCCGUCCGUGUCCUCGCCAUUCAGAAGCGGAGCAUGGAAGCUUCGGAAUUUCUCCAGAAUGCAGUCUACAUCAACCUUCGACAGCUCUCCGAGGAGGAAAAGAUCCAGCGGUACAGCAUCCUCUCUGAGCUCUACGAGUUGAUCGGCUUCCACCGCAAGUCCGCCUUCUUCAAGCGCGUGGCCGCCAUGCAGUGCGUGGCCCCGAGCAUCUCAGAGCCUGGCUGGAGGGCCUGCUACAAACUCCUCCUCGAGACGCUUCCUGGCUACAGUCUGUCGCUGGAUCCGCAAGACUUCAACAAAGGCACGCACCGAGGCUGGGCUGCCGUCCAGAUGCGUCUGCUUCACGAGUUGGUCUACGCGUCCCGGAGGAUGGGGAACCCUGCUCUCUCUGUCAGGCACUUGUCCUUCCUGCUACAGACCAUGCUGGAUUUCUUGUCAGAUCAAGAAAAAAAGGACGUGACGCAAAGCCUGGAGAACUAUACCUCCAAGUGUCCCGGAACCAUGGAGCUCAUCACCCUCCCCGAUGGCCUCACACUGCCCCCGGUGCCCUUCACCAAACUUCCCAUCGUCAGGCGUGUGAAACUGUUGAACCUUCCUGCCAGCCUCCGGCCACAGAAAAUGAAAAGCUUGCUGGGCCAGAGCAUGUCGACCAAGAGCCCCUUCAUCUACUCACCGAUCAUCGCACACAGCCGUGGGGAAGAGCGGAGCAGGAAAAUCGAUUUCCAGUGGGUUCAAGGAGAUGUGUGUGAAGUUCAGCUGAUGGUAUAUAACCCAAUGCCAUUUGAACUCCGAGUUGAAAACAUGGGGCUGCUCACGAGUGGAGUGGAGUUUGAAUCUCUCCCCGCGGCGCUCUCCCUCCCGGCUGAGUCUGGUCUUUACCCAGUGACGCUUGUUGGGGUCCCGCAGACGACGGGGACGAUUGCUGUGAAUGGUUACCACACCACGGUCUUUGGUGUCUUUAGCGACUGUUUGCUGGACAAUCUCCCGGGAAUAAAGACCAGCGGCUCCACGGUGGAAGUCGUCCCUGCCCUGCCCAGACUGCAGAUCAGCACGUCUCUGCCCAGGUCUGCACAUUCACUGCAACCUUCCUCUGGUGAUGAAAUAUCCACUAAUGUGUCAGUCCAGCUUUACAACGGAGAAACUCAGCACCUUGUUGUGAAACUGGAAAAUAUUGGGAUGGAACCACUGGAGAAACUGGAAGUCACCUCAAAAAUUCUCACCACCAAAGAAAAAUUAUAUGGUGACUUCCUGAGCUGGAAACUAGAAGAAACCCUUGCCCAGUUUCCCUUGCAACCUGGAAAGGUGGCCACUUUCACCGUCAGCAUCAAAGUGAAGCUGGAUUUCUCUUGCCAGGAGAAUCUCCUCCAAGACCUCAGUGACGACGGCAUCAGUGUGAGUGGCUUUCCGCUGUGCAGCCCCUUCCGCCAGGUCGUGAGGCCCCGGGUGGAGAGCAAGCCCGUGAACCCAGCUGAGGGCAGCCGGCCUGGGGACCGGGGUCACGCGAAGACCCUGGAAGCCAUCCUGAAUUUCAAAUACUCCGGAGGCCCGGGCCACGUCGAAGGAUAUUACAGGAACCUCUCCCUGGGGCUGCGCGUAGAGGUUGAGCCAUCCGUAUUCUUCACACGAGUCAGUACUCUGCCGGCAACCAGUACCCGGCAGUGCCACCUGCUCCUGGACGUCUUCAACUCCACGGAGCACGAGCUGACAGUCAGCGCCCGGAGCGACGAAGAGCUCAUCCUGCACGCCGGCGAGUGCCAGCGAAUGGCUAUUCAGGUGGACAAGUUCAACUUUGAGAGUUUCCCAGAAUCCCCUGGGGAGAAGGGGCAGUUUGCCAAUUCCAAGGAGCUGGAGGAGGAGAGGCAGGAAGCCCGAGGCCUGGAGAUCAACAGCAAGCUGGACAUCCACUGGACCAUCCCCUCUCUGAAGCGCACAGGUGAGGCGAGUGUGGAAGGACUCCUGAGCCAGCUGGUCCUGGAGCAUCUGCAGCUGGCCCCUCUCCUGUGGGGGGGAGCACAGACGGCUCGGUGCAGACUUUUCAGCGGUGUUUACAGUCGGGGAGACGUGGACGCAGCUGGCGCUGAGCAGGCGGGUGGACGUGUGGUUCCGAGGACAGAGGUCAGCCCAGACGUGCUGGUGGACGGACAGCCCUGUGACCGCGAGGCGGCGGCCUGCCGGGUGGGCGACCCCGUGCGCCUGGAGGUGAGGCUGACCAACCGGAGCCCGCGCAGCGUGGGGCCCUUCGCCCUCGGCGUGGUGCCCUUCCAGGACCACCAGAACGGCGUGCACACCUACGACCUGCGCCAUGCCGUCUCCUUCGUGGGCUCCGGCACCUUCUACCUGGACAAGGUGCGGCCGUCGGGCCAGUCAGCCUGCCUUGGGGCCCUUCUGUUCCUCUGCACGGGCGACUUCUUCCUCCGCAUCCGCUUCCACGAGGACAGCUCCAGCAAGGGGCUGCCGCCCUCCUGGUUCCGCCUGCCCAGCGUGCACGUGCGCGCCCUGGGGGCCCAGGCCUGAGCCGCUGUUCCCGUGGGGAGAGAUGACCAGAGCGCCCCCCGGGCAGGGGACAGGUCUUUGCUGCGACUCCUGUCCACCCCUCCCACCCCUCACCUCCCCUCUUACCUGCGGCGUCCUCUCUGGGCUUUGCAGGGGCCCCCAGACUUGGCAGCCGUGCCCCGUCCCACGCUGGCCAUCAGGGCUCCCCUGCAAGAGGCCGCUGCUAGGGUGAAUGCUAACCAAACCCCAAAGCAUGGCCCUGGGUCCCUGCACCUGCUCCUGUGACCUGGGGUUCACAGCGCAGCCAGCAGGAAGAAAAGGUGAGCGUGAGGGAGGGGCACAGCCGGGGUGGGUCUGGGCAGCCUCCCUCGGCCCCCUCGGCCCUUGGAAUCCCCCGAGGGCUGGCUCUUCUCCCAGGGGCCCCGAGGCAGCCCAGCCAGGAGAGAUGGCACCGUGGUUGACCCCGAGAGGAGCCACCUGCCCCCGCUGGGUAGACGGUCACCUGUGCCAGCUGUUCUGGCCCCUGGGCUGGUUCCAGGCUGGGCUGUGGGGGGCCACGGCCUGUGUGUGUCUGCGUGUCGGUGACAGAUUCUCCAAUAAAGGGCCUGCCUCGCUUCUCCGCUGGUC